CGUGGCAGAUGGAAGCUCACACUACGCAUGGAGAGCAGUGUCCUCCUUACAGCACAGCCUCAUCCAUGGCGACCCAAUUAUUCCUUUCACUUUAUCUGUCAAAACCCACUUCCUUCCUCCCAUUUAAGUCGCUCCUAUGCUCCUAGCUACCGUCGCUGGGACUCCAAUGCCGAAACCAUUCGUUCCCAAAGAUUCGGUGUCAAUUUCAGAGACAAAGGCAACGGAGAAAAAGACGAAGACGAUGAAGAAGACGAAGAAGAUUACGAGUACAGUAGAAGGGAAGGGAAGAAGAAAAGGCGGUGGUGGUCGGACGAGUCGUCGGAGAUGGAGGAGGAAGGCUCGGGUGGAAUCUUGGAGGAUGCCAUUGAUAGUGUCUGGAUUUUUAAGGUGUUCAAAUCGUAUGGUUGGGCAUUUCCAGCUAUUAUCAUAUCUUUGCUGCUGUCUACGGGUCCGAAAGCUUUCAUAAUGGCGUUAGCACUCCCCCUUGUUCAGUCAGCAUUUUCACUGUUAUAUGAGAAGUUAUGGGGAGGGACACAAAGUAGGCCGAAACGCAAGUCCAGGACCAGGAGGAGAAGGAAACCUUUUGCCAGCACUGUAGGUAACGCUAGAACCAAAGAAAAAGAAAAAUAUGAUGAAGAGCAGGAAACUAGUGACAAAAGAAUGGGUUAUCAAUCUUGGGUAGUUGGAAAUGAUGCUUCAGCUGAUAGUAGUGGUCGAGAUGCAUCGAGUUUAGGCGGAUGGGAUGAUCUUGAAAGAAUGGAAUCUGCACGGAGGCAAUCUCAAAGAAAGCCGAUGGGGAAGGGUAAGUUGAGUCGGAGAGAAAGAAAUAGUGACACACCUCUCCUGUUAAGAUUGUUGAUUGCUGUUUUCCCAUUUUUGGGUACAUGGACAAAGAUGUUUUGGUGAAUAGAGUAGUCUCAAACCUGUAGUAUUCCGAUCGGUUUGCCUGAAAGUAUUCGGAUCAACUACUACAAGAUUUUUCCGUCUGCUGUUACGGAUCCACGAUAAAUCAGCUGAGUCUAAGAUCAAGAAAUCGGUUGAACCGUUGAAGCUUAAGAUCAAUGAUUUUCUGAUAGCAUAAUUUAGCCAUUUUUUGUAUACACCAGACUCGGAUGCUGGCGUUCUUCAAGAAAUUAUUAUUUUGUACGCCAUCGUAUAUAGUAUAUAUUCCAAAUACAAUUUCACAGUACAUUUGACAUUUCAUUCCAUACGGUGGAAUUUGGUAUUA